GAAACGGAACAACACAGCCUACCUGGCCAAGAUGUGAUCCGGUUGGUGGUCUUUGGACUGCAGUUUUCGGAGUUUCUUCUAAUAACACGCUUAUUCAACGUGAAACCGUCUUGGCGAAGAGUUGUGUUUUCACACCGUGCAGUGAGCCAUGUUUCAAACUGUGCUGCAGUAAACUCUAUAAUCCGAUUAAGCAAUACUCGAUAACUUUUCUGAUCAUGUUCCGUGUUGAUUUCCUGACUGCAGUGGUUUCUAUCCAAUCCACGGGCUAGUUUGUGUUAGAACGUUGCCAUUUAGCCAAUAAGAAAUGAGGUGGGCGGGUCUUCUGUGUUCAUUUAUUCAACGCUUGAGUAUUCUUCGUAUCGGAAAGGCGGAGUAAAGCACUCAGAAAAGGUCUUCACUGUUAUCAGAAAGGACUUUAUUCUCUUGUUUUUAGAUCAUGAUAUUUUUAUAUGAUACAAGUACCUCUACUUAUAUCAUCAAUAUUGCACAAAAGCAUCGCUCUUGCAGAAUUCAAUGUUUUUUUCCCCCUGAGAUAAGGAGCACAAGAGUGGGCUAUUUGUUGCCGAUUUGUGCCAUCUUGUGGUUACAUUACAGGUUGCAGUCCGUAUACGCUCAGGGCAAUGCAAUAUUUAUCAGAGGACAGAAAUGCACCUGUUAUCAUGUGGGUCUUAUGUUAAUUAUUAACGUCUGGUCAAAUUACGAGUGUCUUUAACGGUCAGCAGUUGCAUAGAAAGGACAUUGACAUCCUAGAAACAUUCAGAGCUGUGUUCAAGAGUGGUUUUCUUUUAGUCUUAUAAGGCUUCUAUCUUGACUUAAAAGACACUUUUAAAGAAGAUUUUUCGAUAAAAAUGGAAAUACACACGAUGAAGAAGCGUCCGACUCCGUGGCUGUGGUCGUUAUUCCCACUGUACUGGUGAUCAGUUCUGUGGUCGUGGUGUCCCUCAUCUUCUGCAGUAUCCUCAGGAAGAGGAGAAUCAGCCCGCUGAGCUUCAUAGGCAGCUCAGUGCAGAACACCAACAGUAGGAACGUUUGCACAUCCGUUAACGGAAUCAAAUGACUCGGAUUACCUUUUUUUCUGCACUUGUUAAACGUAGAGUAGAGACUGUUUACAGUGGAUCCAUUCCCGGGCUUAUCGUAUGGAUUUGACAUUUGUCCUUUUCUAUUUCCCCCCAGAAGGUCAGCAUUGUUCUUCCCUGGGUGCAGUGCCUCUGAUCCCCUGUGGAGUGAGAGAGGCUCUGCACCCGUGGGAGAUGCCUGCAGAGUGGGAUGUCGAUGGCGUGGAGCUGUUGUGCACGGGGAGCUACGGCCCUGUCUGCGUAGGCUGGCUGACCAGAGAGGGACGCUCCGCAGCAGUGGUGGUGAAGGCGCUCCGGGAUCCCGCCAGCCCGUCUGAAGAAAGAGAGUUUGCUGAGUGGAUUCUGUUCCACGCCAAGGUGUGCAAUAAUAAGAGUGAGCGGCUGGUGCGGAUGCUGUGCUGCCAGGCGCAGCGUCUUCCAAUGUACCUGGUCCUGGAGGCCCACAGCCCAGGCAACCUGCUCCAUUUCCUCUGGGGCCUCAGAGAGAAGGAUUCAGACAAGGGGCCGCUGCACGUCUCGGAGAGGUCAGUGUUUCUGUUGGCGACCCAGGUGGCAGAGGGCCUGGAUUACCUCCUGACAGAACACAGGGUAGUGCAUGGUUACGUCGCUGCAAGGAACAUUCUGAUUGGCCCAGACCUGUCUGCCAGGGUGUCUGGAUUGGGCACAGCAUUUGCCGAGCACCAAACAGACAGAACUACAAUGGAGCGGCCCAUGGAGGUACCCCUGAAGUGGCUGGCUCCUGAGAGGAUUACCAACCAGCCAGCCUUCCACAGGAGUGAUGUGUGGUCGUUUGGAAUCUUAUUAUAUGAACUUAUAACCUCAGGGUCCCCUCCAUAUCCUGAGUUGGAACCCCAGUCUGUGCUUCCACAUCUUCAGAGUUCCUACCGAAUGGAACAACCAGAAGGCUGCGGGGCCCCUCUGUACAACCUGAUGAAGUACUGUUGGAUGUGGAGCUUCAAGGACCGUCCAACCUUCUCCGCAAUCAUCAAGCUGUUGGGGUCCACCUUGGACCUGGCCGCUACGGAAGCCCUGCCGUCCCAAGGGCUCAUAGACGCCGCCCAAUACAACAAGAUAGCAGGCAUUCAUCCCCACUUAUGGCAGCUGUCACCAGACAGCCCAAUCAAACAUGAAUCCAGUGCGUGUUAGGGUGAUUAUAGUGUGUUGGGGUUUUUAAAGACAUUCUGUAUGGUGAAUACUAUGGUUGUGAUCGAGGUGUAUACUGGACAUGGUCAAGUACCAUUAUGAUUGAUUGAAAACAGCGCAAAGGAGUCAAGUUACAUUUGACACAAUGAUACAAGAAAGUUGUGCUACUUUGUAGGAGCAGUUUUUCCAUAUUUCAAAAAAAUGCCAUAAAAUGUCAUAUUGCAGUCUUUUUAUUUUCAAAAUGAGCAGAAUCAAAAAUACAGAUUUUUGUACAUGCCCUUAUCUGCUUUGCAAAUUUGGACAAUGACCCGACAAUGCUCAGAAUGCAUACAACACUGACCUUGCAGUUUCUAAGUGGGAGGACAUGAAAACAUUGGGAAUGAAUGUGGUGUUUAUUUAAUCAGAACUGGAAUGCAAUAAGUUAUGGAAGCCGCAGAUAGAAGAGCAGCAAAACCAUAUCUAGUUCGAUGUUUACAAUUUCAACAUUGCAGGCAACUUAAUUGACAAUUAUUGUAUGCCAGUUAUUUAUAAAGAACAGCAAUUUCAUUCUAGGUCCUUAUUUUCUUUCAAGUUUUUUAACAAAGGAUAUUAUUCUAAAUGUAGACACAAAUGUAUUCAUGCAUGGAUUACUUUUGAAAGUCAAACCAAAUAGCCUCAUAAAACAGAGGCAAAGAUGUACAAGCAAAAUGCCCAAAUACCAAAAUCCAAUAGAGAAAAGAAAAAAACAUAGAAUCGAUCAUGGUAAUAUUAAAGUCAUCGUUUAAUUCGCAGUAUCCUAAAAUCGGAAUAACAAAUAUUUCAAAUGAGAUGUUACAUAGAUGAUUGAUUUAUGAGUUGUAUUUUUAUAGAAUUGGUCAAAGCGCAAAAUUGGAUACAACAUUUACCUCACGUGUUGACUACAGUCAAAGGGAAUGACAAUAUACCUUCAUAUAUACUGACAGUAUUUGUGCUGAUACAAACUCCCUGUCAAUACAAAGCUGCCAUAAUGCUGUAAUAGACAUUCCCAUUGUGCAAAAAACUGACCGCACUAGUAUGGAAUUUGAAAUGUCUGAAGAACUCAGCAAAAAGACAAAGGAUGCUCCAGGAUCAUCCAUCGCUGAAGGACACUGAACUCCGAUAAUGUCACAGAAGUCAAUGUUAAACUAAAUAUAUUUCAAAGGUUUUCCAUUAACAUCUCCUGUUGACGUUUGGAUAAAAUAAAGGCAUUUUAGUCAGAUUGGUCCUAUGUGCUUUACAUAUUUGGGUGGGGGAAUGGGGGUAAUCAUUGUCAUUAUGUAAUUGCAACAGCAAAAAGAGUAUAUGUUUUAGAACAGGCUGGGAAUCAGAUCCUGCUAAGACUACAUACAGGUCACAAAGAACCAUACUUCGCAACAUCACCAACCAACCUGUUGUAGGAUUCCCUUACCGGGCAUACCAUGAAAGUGUUGACAACAGGAUCGAACAUAAAAUAAAAUAACAUAUCACAGAGGGAUGUAUCCACUACACACCUUCUCAGAAAAUUAUCAAAAAGUAAAUUAAUGUACAUCUCAAAGUCCGCUAAAAAACAGUGUCAUGGAAAGACUUGUAGUGGUGUGUCCUGAAGACCUACCCUACCCCCCCC